CAUAAGUCAACUCUUUUUUACCUACGCAGCUGUUUAAAUCGUCAGUGUCAAAUGCAAACUAUUAAGUUCAGAAAAACAAAACGACAAUUGACAGACGAGGACAUGGACUGAAAUUAUUGAAUUUAUUAAUAAUUCGUGGAACAAUAAUUUUUAAUACGUUUGGAACCAUGUAAUAGUUUGAGUUUUAAUUGCAUUCAUGUAAAAUGCAGAGGCAUAGAUUUAAAGAAGUUUCAUAGGCUUUAUACAAUCGUAUUUUCAGUUACAUUUCGUUCAAUUUUGUAAAGCUUAAAACAUAUUUUGUUCACGCAUUAGAUGACUCUUAAUGACCGAUUACUUGCUUAUUGUGAAUAUUUUUAUCAUGAGUAUUUUCAAAGAAUAAUUUUUAAACAAAAUAUUAUAAAUACUAUAGAAACAUAACCUAAUAUGUGAUAAUAAAGAAUCCGUCCUAAUCUAAAGAUAAUCUGAAAAGAGAUUUCUCAAUUAGUAUUAUCAACUGACAUGUACAAUGUGUAUAUUUUGAUUUAAGUUUAAAAAUGUCUACAAAUACUUCGAUUUCAGGAGUUAAGAGCGAAGUCGACUCUGAAGAUGAUUUAAAACGACAGGGAUCAUUCAGAAAGUUAUUACAAGUUAAUACUAAUGGCGAAUCUCAGCUCAGUACUGCUAUCAAAAUGAUAGAUCGACCAAAUGCCUCGCAGAAUAGUAAGGAAUAUUUGGUAUAUCUCCAAGAAUACAAUAUACUCGCUGAAUACAAUAUGUUACGCAGUCAAGACUUAAGAGGAAUUUAUGUCAUUCCAUCUGCACAAAAUUCUUUCAUUUGGUUUGGUGUGCAGUUUAUUCGCCAAGGAAUGUACCAAGGUGGAGUUUUCAGGUUUACAAUAUCAUUACCUCAAAACUUUCCAGAUGGCAAAUGUCCAAAUGUAAUUUUUCAAACUAAAGUUUUUCACCCAUUAAUUAAUUAUAUAACAGGGGAACUUAAUACAAUUUGGGGCUUUCCCGAAUGGAAAAGAAAUAAUAGAAUCUGGCAAUUAGUACAAUACAUAACGAAAAUUUUUACUAAACUUGAUAGCAAGAUGAUUUCUGUUAACGAAGAAGCCUCAUUACUAUUAGAAACCAAUUUUGAGAAUUUUAAAGAGCAAGCGAAAAAAUGCGUAAAGGACAGUUUGAGUGUUGUUUAUGAUCCACCUACAACAGAUGAUCCACAUUACAUUACGUUUAGUCCUUACGAUAAUGAAUUACAUGAUCCUGUUAAACAAGAAAUCUACAAGUCAAAGGAGGACACUGAGAAUAAACCUACAGGCUAUUCAUGGGUACAACCAGGUUCUCUUCAACCAUUCUCAAAACCAGAAGCAAGAUAGCGAAUAAUAAGUAGGGUAUAUUCUGUUUGCUUGAAACUCGAAUCACUUCUGCAUUCUGCUCGCUUUUACAAAGAAAUAAAUUGAAAAUAAUGAAAAAAGAAUGCAAUCUCAACUAUUUUUAUAUAAGAGUUAAACAUAAAUGUAAUGUACUCUGACGAAUCGAAGCACUGUGAUUUGAAUAUUGGAGAUUUUUACCGACUGACGUAAAAUUAUUUUUGUUACAAAACGAUUUAAUACUCAUUACUAAUAAGGUGAAAUGAGUCAUUGGUCUGUACUAGUAUCAAGUAA